GCUGACGCCAUUUCCGCGAGGGCGGCGGAAGCGGCGGGGCCGCCUCCUAAGAUGGCGGCGGCGUGAGUUGCAUGUUGUGGGGCCGCCGGGAGGAGCCGCCCCGAGCCCGCGCCCGUCCCGCCAUGGCCGUGACCGUGACGCUCAAGACGCUGCAGCAGCAAACCUUCAAGAUCCGCAUGGAGCCGCACGAGACGGUGAGGGCCCUGAAGGAGAAGAUCGAGGCCGAGAAGGGCAGUGAGGCCUUUCCCGUGGCGGGACAGAAGCUCAUCUACGCCGGGAAGAUCCUGAGCGACGACGUCCCGAUCCGCGAGUAUCGGAUCGACGAGAAGAACUUCGUGGUCGUCAUGGUGACCAAGGCCAAGUCCUCUCUGGGCUCGGCAGCCCCCGAGGGAGGGGCCCCCUCCGAGCCCCCCGCGGCCCCCCCGGGGCCCCCCCCGGCCGCCGACGCCGCCCCCCCCCCACCGGCCGCCCCCCCCAGCGAGGACCCCCCGGCCCAGGACCCCCCCACCCUCCCCGAGCCCACUGCUGGCUCCGUCCCCCCCCCGGGCGGCUCCGGGCGCUCGGCCGACGCCGCCUCCACCCUCGUGACGGGCUCCGAGUACGAGACGAUGCUCUCCGAGAUCGUGUCCAUGGGCUACGAGCGCGAGCGGGUGGUGGCCGCGCUCAGGGCCAGCUACAACAACCCCCACCGGGCCGUGGAGUACCUGCUCACGGGCAUCCCCGGCAGCCCCGAGCCCGAGCGCCCGCCCGUGCAGGAGAGCCGCCCCCCCGAGCAGCCCCCGCCCGAAGGUGAGAACCCCCUGGAGUUCCUGCGGGAGCAGCCGCAGUUCCAGAACAUGCGCCAGGUGAUCCAGCAGAACCCGGCCCUGCUGCCCGCCCUGCUGCAGCCGCUGGGCCAGGAGAACCCCCAGCUGCUCCAGCAAAUCAGCCAGCACCAGGAGCAGUUCAUCCAGAUGCUGAACGAGCCCCUGGGCGAGCUGGGCGAGCUGGAGGGGGAGGGGGGGGCCAUCGGGGACGAGGCCCCCCAGAUGAACUACAUCCAGGUGACCCCCCAGGAGAAGGAAGCCAUAGAGAGGCUGAAGGCGCUGGGGUUCCCCGAGAGCCUGGUCAUCCAGGCCUACUUCGCCUGCGAGAAGAACGAGAACCUGGCGGCCAAUUUCCUGCUCAGCCAGAACUUCGACGACGACUGAGAGACCCCCCCCCCCAACCCCCCCAGACCCCCCCUCAGUCCUGGGGGGGCCCCCCAAGCACAGGGGGAUCAGUUUUUCCCCCCUCCCUCGCCCACCCAAC